GGGAAUGUAACACUGGCGGCAAAUCGCGCGAGAAGCCGGCUGAGCGGCGCCAUCUCGCGAGACUUCACAGCCGUCUCCUGCCGAGAGCUUCCCCACAGCUCCUAUACCUAACGUGUGAGGAGACAGCAGCGGCAGCAACAGCAGUGGCGGUGUUCGUCCCUGACCAUGCCAGCUCCAGCCCAGGACCGAUGCAUCCAUGCGAACACACUUAGCAGGAGCACCAGUGCUGUCACCUCAUUAAUCUGAAAUCGUACCCACAAGCUCAUCAUCUUUAAUGGCUCGCUUGUCUUAUAUGCGGAUUAAAUACCUCUUCUUCUCAUGGCUGGCAGUGUUCAUCAGCAGUUGGGUCAUAUAUGUACGUUACAACUCAUACACAGAGCUCUGCAGGGGACAUGAAUGCAAAGCGAACAUUUGUGAUAAGUAUAGAAAAGGCAUUAUUGACGGAUCAGCCUGUGAAGGUCUCUGCUCCAAGGAAAACCUUUAUUUUGGAAAAUGUUUGUCAACCAGACCUAACAAUCAGAAGUAUCUAGGAGUCUGGGGAAAUCUAGAAGGUGUGAUUAAGUGUCAGAUGGAGGAAGCUGAGCAUGUUGAUUUUGGAUCUGAGCUGGAGCCUAGGAAAGAAAGCGUAAUGUUUGACAAGCCAACACGAGGAACCACUGUGCAAAAAUUCAAAGAGAUGGUGCAUAGUCUCUUUAAAACCAAAUUAGGUGACCAAGGAAAUCUCAGUGACCUAGUAAACCUAAUCUUAGCAGCAGCAGAUGGUAAUAAAGAUGGACAUGUGUCACUCCCAGAGGCCAAGUCUGCCUGGGCACUUCUACAGCUAAAUGAGUUUCUACUAAUGGUGAUCUUGCAGGACAAGGAACACACUCCAAAACUACUUGGCUUUUGUGGAGAUAUGUACAUAACAGAACGUGUGCAAUACACAUCACUCUAUGGAAUAAGUCUACCAUGGAUCAUGGAAGUAUUUAUUCCACAAGGACUACGAAAACGCAUGGACCAGUGGUUCACUCCAUCAUGGCCAAGAAAGGCUAAGAUAGUCAUAGGUCUUCUAGAGUUUGUAGAAGACAUUUUCCAUGGACCCUAUGGAAAUUUUAUUAUGUGUGACAUAAGUGCCAAAAACUUUGGUUACAAUGACAAAUAUGACUUGAAAGUUGUUGACAUGAGGAACAUUGUCCCAGAAAUGAACUUGAAAGAAUUAAUCAAAGACCGACCUUGUGAGGUUGAUGCUGACUGUGUAUAUGGUACUGACUGCAGCACUGUGUGCGACCAAAGCAAAAAGAGAUGCACUGCAGACAUAACCCAACCAAAUUUAGCAAAAAUAUGCCUGCUAGUUAAGGACUACCUGCUUCGGGGCACCCCUUCUGAAAUCCGAGAUGAGCUGGAGAAACAGAUCUACUCCUGCAUUGCCCUUAAAGCUGCUACAAAUAACAUGGAGAUGCAACAUUCAUUAAUUUUAAACAAUCUAAAAGCCCUUUUAUGGAAGAAGAUAUCCCAUACUAAUGAUUCAUAACACCCAAUGUCCCCAUUUCAUAUGCCACUAUCAGAAAAAAA